GUGAUAUUAGUUAUCUGUGACUUGAACAAAGAUUGUCAAAAAAACAAACAAAAUCAAAAUUAAAACUUUGUUUUAUUUGGAUAAAAAUGGGAUUAGGGAUAAAACGACUUUAUUUUUGGAAUAUAUAACUACUUAUGCAAUUCAACUUUGUUGAAAUUCAACACUAUAGUUUUGUAUUUUAGAUGGUCGUCCAGCACCAGUAGAGUUUACAAUGAUGGCGACCUCGUCACAGGUCGCUGGCAGCGCGAAACCCUCUGUUGCUGCUGCUAAACCAGGUGUAAACAAGGUCGGAGUAAAAGAGGCAUCAAUGUCCCCAGGACAACCAAUAGCAGAUGAGGAGAGAACAGAACUCCUAGGUUCGCUAACAACUCUGCAGCAACAGAGAACCAGCGCAAGAGUCAUCAAGAAGUUGCGGCUUGAGCCUCAAGCAGAUAAAAGAGAUGUCACAGAAUGCGAAACACCAAACAAAAUAGACGACAAGGAACUAAAGUUCCCAACAGUCAAACAGCGAAUGCCCAAAGCGCUCUGGUCGGCGGACGAAAAGAGCCUUUUCUUCGAAGCCCUCAACGAAUACGGCAAGGACUUCGACGCGAUCACGGCUUACAUAUGCGCCAAGAUGAAGAAGAAGGGAAUGCCUGACGCGAAUCUGAAGACGAAGAUGCAAGUCAGCCAUUUUUAUUACAGGACCUGGCAUAAGUUGUCCAAACAUGUUGAUUUUGAUGAAAAUGUAAAAAAGGUGGCUCAGGAGUUAUACGCCCUUAUAAACUACGGGGAGCUUCGUCGCAAACUAGCCUCAGUCAACGAGAAGUGUUGUGCCAGGCUUGGCGAGAUGGUGCGAAUGGGCAGCAUGGCGGUGCGAGCGAGAGGCAAGACCAUCAAAGUGCGCACGCCCAUGUGCCGGGCUUUGAAGAGGCUCAACCAGAUUGCAGAGCGUGCCGGUGGAGCACGCGUGUGCUCUCGCGCGCAAGUGACGCUGCGCGCGCGCUCCGCCCACGCGUGGACAAGAGUGCAGGCCGCUGCCCACAAUCCAAGAGCCGCAGCCGCUUUGCCGCUACGAACCAGGCUCGCGGCAUUUAUACGGGCUUUGGAGAAACGAUGGAAGACUUCAAAUUAUAAGAACUUCAGGCUAGAAGAGAGUAUACGAGUGAAGCCAAUGGAGGAACUACUCACGGAGCCAGAUCAGUGCCUCGAUAUGGCCCCGCGUUGUGACAAUAACGACGAUUUGGAGUCGCAUCUACGCUUGCAGACCGACAGGAUUAUUGUUCAAGAGAAUCGUCUGCCCACGAAGCCCGCGCUCCAUUUAGGCCCUCGGCCCGGCGCAGAGAUCCACCUGCCCGUGCUGAGUCCCAGCGAGCAACUGUCCAGCCAGAAGAUAUGCUUCUCCUCCUAUCUCGAGAGGAUGGGCUCCCAGAGACGGGACAAGGAUAGUGGGGUGAAAAUCCGUACUCCAAAACGCCAAAGGAAAGACAGUAUAACAGACAAAGACAAGGAACCCGAAAAAAAGCCCAAAAUAGAGGACCUCGACUCCACAAAACUGAUGCACAUAGACGAAACAGCCAUAGACGGAAUAGAACUCAUGGCCCAUUACAAGAUCAACCAGGAAGACGAGGAAAAACCGAGCACAGAGGAUGAAAAAGAGAUCAAAUCUGAGGAAACUGCCGAAGAGGAAACAGAUAGGGAUGUGCCAGAAAGAGACAAAGAUAUACAGGAUAAGGAUAUGUCAGAGAAAGAGAAGGAUAGUUUUUCGGAAAUGGAGGAUGAUGAGAAGUAUACUAAAAGUGACACAGAUAAUGAGAGUGACGGGAAAGGUGAUAAGAGUCAGAAAGAGAGGAAGUUCAAGAAUUUAAAGGUAAAGUUCCGAAUAGUUCGACCACCUCAGCGAGGCGCAGGAGUUUUCAAAGUAGUCUUAGAAAAAGACUCUGACGAAGCCAAAACUGUUGAAGUCAAAGUAGAUGACUCCAAAGGUGAUGAGGUUCCAGAAGAGCCCAAGGAAAAAGAGGAGGAAGCCAAACCGGAUUUCGACAUGGAGUUGGCGAUUCAACAGAUUAGGAAGGGAUGGAGUCAAUAUGACGCUGGGGAUUUGACUAUUGGGGAUCUUUAUUUAAUGUUUGGCAACCGAUCAAAACUGGACCUAGAUUAUUGGUGGGCAAUACCAACCCCACCUUUACCGCAACCCGUGAAACCACUAAAACCCGAAACGUUAGACAAGGACAAACAUAUAGACAAGAGAGAGAAGGGCAACAAGACGCCCGACAAAGGAGACAGCUCGGUAGAAGAUGAAAGGGAGAGACGGGAGAGUGAGAUGGAUAUAUUCUCUCCAAAGAACACCUUCAGCCAGGACAGCAAUGAUGGGAUGUCAGGGGAUGAGAGGAAAAGUGAACAGCUACUGUCUCCUGAUCACAAGUCGUCAAGCACUGUGAAGCUAGUCAACAAGCUCAUCAACAAACCCACCCCGGAGCCGGCGCCCAGCGGGUUCGCACUUGUUAGCGAUAGGUUGAAGCGUCUGCUGGCUCUGGCGGGCAACCCGCACGUGAACGCUAACGCCACGCCCGCCAUCGCGAAGUGCGAUUGCGGGCACGUGUGUCCGCCGGCACAGAAAAAUAAACAGAAACAACAGCCAAGCACCGUACAAGGUGCAGUGGUUCCGCCGAAGCUGUCCGAGAGUGCCGCGGCCAUCUUUAGACACCCCACGCCCAUCGCGCCCAAAGCUGAUACCGAGACUCAUCGAGGAAUGUGUUUGGAUGGGUUGCCAAAAUGGCGGCGCGGCCGACCGCGUAUGUCUGACCGAAGAGUCGUCGUGCAAAGGCUGUUACCACUGUUGCCCAAAUUGCCACCACCCAGCAACAUAAUCCCCGUGAAAUUGCCGACAAGUGUGCCUCCAGUCCAGCCGCGCUUGCUGCCCAAACCGCCACCUGCCAUUGUAUCCGAUCUAUCUUGCUACUACGUCCUGAGCGAGGCGAACGGUCAAUUCUUUUUGCACGACGGCGACCUGCGCAUACCCAUCAUUCCAACACCUCUACAAGACAACGGAAACCAGCCUGAGACAGAUGACACAAAAAUGGAUGACGACGACGACACGAAGGACGUGAAGAUCGUGAAAGUGGAGGGUUUGGAGCCCACCCCCGAGCACAAGCAAGAGGACAAGAGUCAGAGUUCCACCAAAACGGAGCAGACGGACCUUACUAGCUUCCUUCCAUCGGAGUCGAUGUCCCUGUCUCCCUCUCGUCUGCUGCGCGACGCGGAGGGUUGGCUAGAGGGCUCAGUCCAGGACUUCUCCCUAAGCUCCUUCCUAGGACAUUUGGAGGGGCGGCCCCCGCCUGAGUUAGCGGUGGAUUCCCAGCUGCAGUCGCUGUUGGCUGAAUCCAGUGUGGACUACGUGGCGAAGUUCGCUGACCUCGCGGCCGAGGUCACGGACGAGCCUGACCUCUCCGAUGACCUUACAUAAAUAUAAUAAUUGUAUAUUCAUUAUUACUAUAUUUUAUUAUUUAUUUAUCAUAUAAGUAGGUACUGUAUAAGUUUGCCGAGUGUGGCAAUAAUUUACAUUAAAGUUUACAUAAAGAGCCAAAAAACAUUGUGAAGUCAUUCAAGUCAUGCUCUUCUAAUAUAAAUUGCAUAUUGAUAUUGAGUAUAAGACUACACUAUAUACAUAAAUAAAGAAUUAAGUUGAA